GGGAGUUCGGAUAUGGCAGUCGGCCAGUUCGCUGUUUGCCUUCCUGAGGCACGGGCCGGUCCUCAGGCUCGUCUGUACACCCAAAUACUCAUCCAGGAAGGCCCCGUGCGUCGCGCCGCCAGUCACAAUUUUUUUUCUCGUCCUCGUGGUUCCUCGAGAGUUGAGGGUGAGGUGCUCGCGGUGUCGCGCGGAUUUCCGCUUCCGCGUGCUGUAUCGGAGCUACGCUCCCGCGGUUGAGCGGCAUGCUCAACAAUAUCACCGCCGGCGGUUCCGUACACGGUAUCUCCGAGCGGGCGCGUGGGGCGGGCGAGCGAGAGGCAUGUGCGGAGCACGAGGAAGCCCGGCGAAAAGAAAAAAGAUGGGAGAAAACUGAAGCGGCACGUCUUCUUUUUUUCUCUGCCUCUUACCUACCUCGUCGCUGCACGCACGUAGGAGCGAAGGAUGCGCAAGAUCUGAAGCGGUACGACAAGGAGCACGGCGUGCUGGGUGUGAAUCUGGGCUCUGGUCUUUCCGCGGGUGGUGGCCUCACGCUUCAUCAGGAAUUGAUCAUGACUAUGCCCGGCACAGGUUAUCAAAAGGAGAGUGAUUAUAUAGAAGUAGAAGAAAUUCGACGAUCGAGAAUUCAAUCGUCCCAUUUUAUAGGUAGCGCGUCGGGGAUCGGGCAAGGCGAUGACAAGCCUGCGAAGCAAAAGCGGCAUCGGACGCGUUUCACACCGGCUCAGCUUAACGAACUGGAAAGGUGUUUCGGCAAAACUCACUAUCCGGACAUCUUCCUGAGGGAGGAAAUAGCACUAAGGAUUGGCCUCACGGAAAGUCGCGUUCAGGUAUGGUUUCAAAAUCGACGAGCAAAGUGGAAGAAACGCAAGAAGACGACCAAUGUGUUCCGGUCCUCGGGAUCGCUGCUACCGUCGCACGGCUUGCCUCCCUUCGGACCGAUGACCUCCGACUUGUGCACUGGAAUGUUUCAUACUCCUGCGGACAGAUGGGGAAUGGGAACAGGUCUUGGACAGUUGCAAAGUGGCAUGACGAUGAGUGGCUUUGGGCAACUCGGUCAACAAAGCACGGGAAGUUUAGGUUCCAGCCUUAGUCUCGGCAAUUCCGGACUCCCGAUCAACAGCCCGUCGCAAUCCGUCUAUCAUACCAAUUAUGGACUCAAUUCUAUCGGUGGUGUUCACGUGUCGGCGUCCCGAGGUUCGCCACCGGGCGGUCAGACCGGGAUGGGCUCGGGUUUGAACUGCGGUCAGGGCUCACCGGGCACGACUUCCGGUGGCAGCGGCAGCGGUGGUGGCGGAGGUGGUGGCGUUUCCUGUGUAGCCGACGUGACCGCGAACGAGGGAUCGGACUGGAGAGGCGCUCACAGCAUCGCGGCGCUUAGGCGUCGCGCCUCGGACGCCUCGCAACAGUACAGUCCACAGCCACCGCCGCCUGGACCACCUCAGUAUGGCCACGACAUGGAGUACAGUCCUGUUUAUCAAGGCGUCGUCUGAACCGUCUUUCCGACGUUCGGUUCCACGGAGGAAAAAACUGCCGGCCGGUAGAAGCUUACCAUAAUCCAUGGAACGAGUACUCCUCUCUGUUCUGUCAAUGGCAACCGUAAGAUAGACUGCGUUUCCGCGACUGAUUCUGCGAAAGAGUGAGGGACUGAGGAAGCGCGACCGACGAGAUUUAUCUAGUUGGCUAUUGUAAUUUAAUGUCAAAGCUAAUGUAACGAGGUCAAGAUCGAUGAUAUUAGAACGAUUUAUUCUAAAUUCGACAAAGGUCCAAAAUCGUUCACCCUUUUGAAUUUAAUAUAAAGCCAAUAAAGCAUAGCAAAUAACGACAGAAUUAGAAUGGUCAGGUAAUUUUGGGUGCUUCGGCACUGAAAAAAUUUAACGGAACGAUAACAAGUCUUAUCGAUGAUUAUAGAAAUUUAAUAUAACGCGCUGUAUUUCUAGCAUGUUUUUUUUCAUGUGAACUUUUCGUUCCAUCGAAAGAAACAAUUAUCAGGAUUGUACGGAGAAUCUACGAAAGGAGUACUCUUCUAUAAAUUAGCGCUGAGGGUAAAAUCAGGGUAGAGGAUCGAAAUUGCUGGCAUUAUCGACAGUAACAAUUUGCGCAAUACAGAUUCUCAUCAUCAUAGCCUUCCCAGGACCAUUGUGACACAUGUAUAACGUAGACUACGGUUUCUGCAAGUGUGUGUCCUGCUGAUGCCGGGCCAACCAUCGACUUGAUGCCAUAAAUGUAAAAAAGAUUGAUGUAUAUGACGGAGCAAUUAAAAUUGCACGUUCGAGAUUUCCUAAUUAGGAACGUAAUGGGUAAAUAUUUCCAACGUAUAGUGUCUAGUCAAAUACGUCUUAAAUGGCAAGAGACGUAAGCGUCAUUUGAUAUUUUGUGGAGAAAACUGAAUCAUUGGCAUAAACCUUUUAGCUGCGCAAAUCAUUCAUAUCAGUGAAUUUUUUUUUAUUUACGUGAUUCUCCAAGAGCUAGUUGAAAAAGUUUUGGUUCUAAAUGGAUUUUCAAAGUUUUACAGUAUUUCAGUUAACGAUGAAUUAUUCAGUAAAACGAAAAUGGAUUUUGCUCAGUAUCGUUAAAAAUUUAUCGUAUAAUCAUGACAGCUCCAAAUAUUUAAUAACGGCAAUGACCGAUGUUUUUUAUAAUACCGGUUUCAUUAUAAUAUCAAGAACUUCAGUCACUAAAAACCCGUUACAAUUAUUAUGAGUCCGAGUAUUUCCGAAUGUCAAUGAUUAAAAUAUGAUCCGUCAUAGUAUGGGGGCUGUUUUUACGAGCGAUGGAACGCUCUGUCCUAGUAAUCUCACCGCGAGCUGUCGAUAAAGGAAGGAACGAAUUGUGAUUUGUGCAGAUUAAUGAUUUUCGUGACACGAAGAGUCUUAAAGAGAGAAAAAUUAAUAAAUAUGAUCAGCUUCGCGAGAAAACUCUUGGGUUGGCGUUGGUAAAAAAAAGAAAAUCGGGAUGGUUUAUUUUAAGUACGCAUAUAUUAAUGUAAUUACGUCCGCGUCGGUCAUUCGAUCGAUCCUAUGUAACUGUACGCGCGUUAAUUUAUUUUCUUCCAAGUGAGAUCAGUGAAACAAUUCGAUUCGAUUGUCACGUUGCAGGAGUGGGGAGGGACGAUUUGUCGCGGCUAAAAUGCAGUCGUUAAACUCUGCUCGUUUUGCCCUCGUUAGAGGCAUUUCGAGUGUCUGCGCUCGUGCUAAAGAAACGUCGAUGAGAUUAAGGCCUCGCUAAUUGUAAAUUAUUUAACUGCGUUCCGAUGAGGGUGACAAACUGAUUAGGGCGUGGCUUUCCGCCACGUGAUUUUUAUUUACACCUGUCUCUUCUGCCGCCGGGGUGAACUUCCCGCUCGACGGUGAAACGCAGGGAAAAAUGCACGUUGUAUUUUCGAGUCAUGGAGGUCAGAGAGCGGAAGGCGUGGCGAGGUGCAAUGAGAUGUAUACGACAAGUUAUCUUAGUAUUAUAUAUACACGGCAUUGUGUAAAUAUAGUAAAAAUAUUGACGUGAUAGGGUAUAUUAUUGUAUUAUUACUGCAAUUAUCAUUAUUCGAAUCGCAAUUGCGACGGAGCUAUCGACCGCUCUUGUUCGCAGGUCGUUCGACUUGCAACGCGUCGCAAUUGCGUUUAUCUGAGACUGUGCACGCAGGGGUUCAUAGUUUUGCUUCGAAAACGGUAUUUUUUUAAAAAUAAAACUUACGGCGUUUACGUUUUCCUUCGACAGAGUUUUAAGUUUGCCCAAAAAACCGGUUUCCAAGAGUCGCGAUAGGAUCCUUGCGUCGCAUGUUUGUCCACACUAAAACAAUCGAGAAAGAAUGUCUGUUUGAAAGACAUAACUUUUUAUCUUCUGUGCGAUGGGAGAUGGAAAUUGCUUUUAAAAUGAGCAUAAAUGCUGAUCCCUUUCACGAUGUGCAUCGUUAAUAACUCAAUUAAAAAUUCGUACAAAUUUAACUCGCGGACAAAAAAAGAAUUACACGAUUAAAAUUCGUUUGGAUUUUCCGGUAAUAAGACGGUGACAGAGCGACCCAAUGAUUCUGUUGCGGAGCAAAGAGCUACAUGUUAAUAUGCGCAACGAAAAGCUAGUCUUUCUUGUAUCGAUUUUACGUUUCGGACGGAGAUCAUACGUGAUCUCGUGUGCAGAAACGGACGUUCGUCGUAAUAAAUAUAACAAAUAUAAUACAUAUAAUAAUUUCUUUCGUGGGAGUGCGUUGAACGAUCUUCCUUUGCUUCUUUUAAUAAGUAUUUAAGAUAAUAGGGCACAUCAUUCGUCGCGUUUCUCUCGAUGGUAAACGUUUCGAUGAUGAAUGCAGAUUAGCAUACAUUCGUGUAUUACAUUCCUGAGGAAUUUUAUGGCACGCUAUAAGUAUACACAUUGUUCCGUUGUUGUCAUCGAAACGUAAGUUUUGUAAAUAAAGUAUACGUCUAAUAACAAUAAUAACAAUAAUAAUAACAAUAAUUAUAAUAAUAAUGAUUAUUAUACAACGAUAAUAAUAAUAUUAAUAUUAAUAAUAACAAUAAUAAUGUAAUAAGUAUGAUGACAUCAACAUUACGAUCGAACGUGAGUAUACAUGGACAUUGUGAUAUAUUUCGGGGUGGCCGUUCACUUUUCUCUGACGGCGACAUUGGUCCGCGAAAGAUAUUCCAAAGCGGCACCGGUGGUAGAUUGCGAGCGGCUGCGAAAAGUCGACUAUUCUAGUUACGAAUUUACGGUAGACCUAGGUAAACCUAAACGAUAAAUAUGGAAUAACAGAUAGGCAAUUGUCGAUGUAUCACUACGAACGUAUACGAUUUUUAAUGUACAAAAAAAAAAAAUACGGGCGGUUGGUGUGGAGACGUCCCUUCUCGAUUUCGUCCUGUCGUCGACGUGGGACGGAAGCAAGACCUUAAACGAUGUUCGUCGGAGUGUUUGUGGUUCCUUAUUUUACGAAUGCUUCGUGCAAUACCUCGUCGUCGAGCAUGCAUUCUUUUAGCGCGUAAAAGGAGAACUGUUCUAUUCGGUAUAUUUUUAUCUUGUUGCAUGAUUAAAUUGACAUAUUGCUAAUAAUUACUGAGGUAUUUGUAUGAAUGAAUCGACAAUUAUAAUUGGAGUUCAACUUAUUUGAUUAUUCCUACGUAGAUGUCAUUCGGAUAAAUUAUAGAAAUAUAAGAUAGAAAUUUCGGACAUUACACUUCUUAAUUUUCUCUCAAUAAAAACGUGAAAUGGUUGACGUAAUUUGCGCAUUUGUAUAAAAUAUGUGUAAAAUUUAAAAUGAAAUACAUAUAAUAUGAGAAUAUACUAUAUGGAAUAUAUCAAGCAUUCAGUUUUCAUUUUAAAUUUGGAUCAAAAACUGAAUAUUUUAUAAGCCAGUAUUCUCCGCUAGCAAUACGCCAAUUUAUGUUCAUGCAGCCAACUGGAACGUUCCUCCCCGUUCUUAGCUCGGAUCCAAAUGGUACGAGAACUCCGAUCGGUGUCCUUGGUGAUCGUGAUACCUCCCUUUAAGAACAAUUCCUGUAUUUAUUUAAUUUAUCAUGCGUGUGUAGAUAGAUUUCCGCGAGUGAAGGUUGACGUCCUUUUGAUUUGUGGCAGGUGUGGACGUCACUCUUUGCAAGUGAUUUGUAACAUAUACGACCUCUGCUGAUCGUACGUUUAGAUAUUUCGCGCAGAAGUUAAUUCGAAUCGUACUGUCCGCAGACGUCACCCGAUUCUUCAGAUUCGCGUGAAUCGGAAGAGAAUCGACUGACUUUAUUGCAUCUCUAUCACAAGUCAUUAUUGUCGAUGACCUUAAUUAGCGGUAAAUAGACAGAAUUUUAAUUUUCAUCGUUGUAUAGUUGUGUAUAGAGGUCAACUAAGUGUGUAAAAAAUAAAUCAUUAUCAAAAUAUCGAA